AUGACGCAAUCGGCUGAAGACCGGCUGUUGGCGCUGGAAGGCAAGCUCGACCGGCUGGCCGAGGCGCUCGAACGGCUCGCCCCGCCCCCGCCCCCGGCGCCGGGCUUCGAAACAUCGGACUGUUUCGUCUGGGAGCGCGGGGCGCUCGCGCCGGUCGCCCGUGUCAACCGGAUCGAGAUCGGCCUCAUAAAGGGCGUCGACCGGGUGCGCGACAUUCUGAUCGACAACACCGAACGGUUCGCCAGGGGCCUUCCCGCCAACAACGUGCUUUUGUGGGGCGCGCGCGGCAUGGGCAAGUCCUCGCUCGUCAAGGCGUCCCACGCCGCGAUCAAUGCGAGCGGCGCCACGACGCCGCUCAAGCUGAUCGAGAUCCACCGCGAGGACAUCGACACCCUGCCCCGCCUGCUCGCCACACUGAAGGAUGCGCCUUUCGCCUUCAUCGUCUUUUGCGACGACCUGUCGUUCGACCAGGACGACACGUCCUACAAGUCGCUGAAGGCGGCGCUCGACGGUGGCGUCGAAGGCAGGCCGGACAAUGUGAUCUUUUAUGCGACCUCCAACCGGCGCCACCUCCUGCCGCGCGACAUGAUCGAGAACGAGCGCUCGACGGCGAUCAAUCCGUCCGAGGCGGUCGAGGAGAAGGUUUCGCUGUCGGACCGGUUCGGCCUGUGGCUCGGCUUUCACAAAUGUUCGCAGGACGAAUAUCUUGAGAUGAUCGAGGGCUAUGCCGCCCAUUACGGGCUCAAGGCGGAACCGGACGAACUGCGCCGCGAUGCGCUGGAAUGGGCGACGACGCGCGGCGCGCGCUCGGGCCGCGUCGCCUGGCAGUUCAUCACCGAUCUGGCGGGGCGGCUCGGGCAGAGGCUGGAGGGGUGA